AUGGAGCCUGAUAACGUAGAACGUAAUCUUCAAUCCCUGAGAAGACUGUACGGUCUUGUCGAUUCAAAUGCAAGGGAUAAAUAUGUUCCAGAGGCAUAUAAGUUGGAUGACAACACCUUGUUUCUACUAAAGAGAUUGCUAGAUUUUGCCACCCAUGAACUUUUCGUUACACAGUCUAAGAUACUUGCGAAACUGUUAGGUUUGUCUCUGCCUGGAACUGAUCUACAACCGUCGAAUGUGGAAAAGAGCAAACCUAGUAAGAAGGAUGGUUUAACACAAGAAAUUGGUGACGCAAUCGAACGAAUCGAUACUCAGCUUUCAGCUUUAAGUUUAUUUGCUUCUAGUCGUCGUGUGGAAUCUGAUGAUAGAACAAGGUCUUGCAAGUCAGAAGAAGGCAGACAAAGCUUUCAACCACCUCUGUCUGGUAUAAGGAGCACUUACAUGCCAAUGAGUCACAAGGUAAUAAGUGUGAGUAAUGAUAAUGAUCAGUUUGUUCAGAUCAAAUCCCGACCACCACCAUUACUGCCUCCUCCCAUUGGUGUCAAGAAGCCAAGUCAGAGUAGCACAAUCUCACAGAAGAUGCUGCAGAGUGGGAUCAUGAAACCAACUUUGUUGGAUCAUGAAAGUGAAACAGCAAGUUGGAGAACCCGGACUGGGACAAGCUCCGAAUAUGAUGACGAAGAACUAGUUUCUUUUGACCAAACAGCCUCAAGCUCUGCCUCAAACUGGGAUUCUCAGGCAGAGAGUGUCACCGACUCUGACUCCGAGUCGGUCUCAUCAUAUCCACCACAGAGUGGUAUUGAUGACUCUGAAGUCAGUUCUUCUUUUCCGUCAUACGGAAAGGGAAAGAGAGUCAGAUCAAGAGAUCUGUUGAAAAGACUAACGCACAAGGUUGGACAAGUUUUUCACCACCAUCACCACCACCACCAUCGCAGCAACGACAAGGACCAAGGCCAUAAGUCAUUACCUUGGAAGCAUCUGCAGAGGAACUUUCACCACAAGCAGAAAGAAAAGGCAGUUGAGAGGAGACAGAUGAAAUCUGAAUCCAAAGGUCUGACUAAACAUAAGCAGCGACGAGAUGGGCAAUUUCAUGGGCUAGUGGAACAGAUGAUGAGACAUAGAAGAAGGCACUCUAAGAAAAAAAACCUCAAGUUGCAGAGCCAUGGCAAGAAAUCCCAUUGGUGGGAAACCUUGAAGAAGCGUCAGCGUCGUGGUGUCAAGUUUCCCAACACAGGACGUGUAAAUUUAGGGAAAAAAACAUUAUUACAUUUGUCCAAAAAAGAAGAAAACUAAAGUCUCUCAAGAGUAGAUAAGAAAUCCUAUUACAGAGUAAAAAUUGUUAAGUACCUUUUUUUUUCAAUUCCAUAGGUCCAGUGAAGAGUACAUCUGUUUGCUCUUGUAAGCUGAGAACCUGGU